GUGCAGGUGCUGAUGGGCAUGAUGUUAGAGCUGUUAUGUCGGAAGCGAGAGAUGCGUGUUCUGGGGCGACUGGGAGAAACGGCAGACAUAUCUCACUACCUUUAUAUCAUGACCUUACCUCGCUCAAGCGUGAUCACGGACAAGCUGUUGCCCAAAGGAUGGCGAGGUUGGUGCUUCAUGAGGAAUUACGAAGCGUUGCGGAACAAGAAACCAAUCUUGCAGAAUCCGGGAAGGCCCUGGUAAAAAUGGUGCUGGAACGCGAAAUGGAGGGCAAGCUUGUGGAAGACGGGGAAUUUGCUGGAUGCGUCAGCCGUGGUGUCUUGCACUUCUGAUAUCAGUACUAAAGUCGAAUGAAGAAAGAAUCUAAUCGUUCAAUAAUCUUCCAUCGACUCGUGUAUUAUGAUCGGUACCAAGAUUGAUGCUAUGCAGAGCUGCCUUUCGUCUGUUCAUUGACCGGAUGCUAUUGAUCAUCUUUGCACAUGCGAGUAUCAACAGCUAGGUUCCAUCAUCAGUUGCCAGGAUCCUGCACUCUUCUCCUUGUUGCAUCCACCGAACACGAC